AUGUCUUUUCUAUCUGGACUCUCUUGGAAGUCCAAGAUAGGAUGGGGAAUUUUACUCUCUUAUACCUCGUUUGAGGUGUGCUUACAGGCAAGAUCGAAAUAUGUCGUUUACAAGCGAAAACAACAACUAAAAACCUUGAAUGAUGACGUUUCCAAAUUCAAAUCGGUCACGGUUGCUGGAAUGUUUGUUAAUCCUUUUGAGGAAUACCGCCCAAUGACGGCAUUUGAGUUCAUAUUGGUGCGGUGCAUGGAACUCGUAGAGAGUUUCUAUGGAAAUGCGGUUGAACUUCACAAUAAAGUGCCCAAAAAUGGCACGACGGUGGAGGUGGAAGAUAUGUUGGAGCAAUUCAAGCCAGAUCUUGAAUAUUUGCGUAAGAACUCGGCAUUAUUACACUAUUCGUUGGCAAAUGCCUCUGGUGCAGACUGGUCUUUCAGAAACAACUUUACGUUCACAUGGCUUGGGCAAUCUUGCUCUCUUUUGCAGAUGUCUGGAAUCAACAUUAUGACUGAUCCCAUUUUGGGAGACCAUCUUAUCUCGUCCCACUUUGGACCCAAGCGCCUUACAAAAGCGCCUAUGACCCUUGGUGACAUCAAAUAUGCUACAAAUGACUCGUUGGAUUUUGUGCUUGUGUCCCAUGACCACCCAGACCACUUGGAAAUGAAGGUUGCGUCAGAUAUAGGCAACACCAGUACUUGGAUUGUGCCUCUCGGUCUCAAGAAGAAGCUCGCUAGAAAGGGGAUAUUUCGGGUCAUAGAAAUGGAUUGGUGGGACGCAGUUUCAUUGAAUCAAUUUUUCGAUGGUUCGUUGCCGGACGAGUAUGAGGUUGUUUGUCUUCCUGCUAUGCAUUGGUCAGGACGGUAUGUUCUUGACUCCAACCAAUCGCUUUGGUGCUCUUUCAUGAUCCGAAGAAACGGCGAAUCCAUAUUUUACCAUGCUGGUGAUACUGGCUACCUGGAGGAGCUUUUCAGUGCUAUUGCCAAAAAGUACGGCAACCUAUUUUUUGGGCUUCUUCCCAUCGGGCAAUACUGUCCACUGUGGCACCAGAAACCGCGACAUAUCUCUCCCGCAGAAAGCUUAAAGAUCUCCAACUUGUUGUCCACAAAGUAUAUGAUGGGAGUUCAUUGGGGAACCUUCAAGUUAAGUAGCGAGCCCAUCCUAGAACCUCGCGAUCUUUUGUUAAAGUUAUCUAAAGAGCAGGGAACGUUUCCUUGUUACAAGACGCCCGAUCCAGGUCGCACGUAUCUGUAUGACUUGGAGCUGGGCACCGAAACCAUCCAUGAUGGCUAA